CAACCAAAGCCGCCAAACCCCCCCAAACUUUCAUGGCGUCGCUCUCGUCGCCGUCGCCGGCGUCCCCCAGUGCAUUCGCGCCGCCCAAAAGGAUCUGCUUCUUCUCUAAUCAAUGCCGCGCAUUACUUCUCCCUCAGCGCUCUCGGCUGAGCUUUGUUUCUGGGUUGCAAAGGAAAAGGACCUUUAGACCCCACAUCUUUGCGUCAGUCACAGUAGGUACUCCAGUAGAAACAUCCCCUGAGAAAGUUCAGCUUCCUACAGGUGACAGUUGGUCUGUUCAUAAGUUUGGUGGCACUUGCGUCGGAAGUUCUGAAAGAAUUAACAAUGUUGCAAAGAUAAUUCUGAGUGACGAGUCUGAGAGGAAGUUUGUAGUUGUCUCUGCAAUGUCUAAGGUGACAGAUAUGAUGUAUGACCUCAUCUACAAGGCUCAAUCACGAGAUGAGUCUUAUUUGGCUGCAUUGGAUGCUAUUUUAGUAAAACACCGAUCAACUGCUGUGGAUUUACUUGAUGGGGAUGAACUCGCUAGCUUCUUAUCAGCACUAAAUCAGGACAUCAGUAACCUGAAAGCUAUGCUUCGUGCAAUAUAUAUUGCUGGCCAUGCAACCGAAUCUUUCACUGAUUUUGUGGUAGGUUAUGGAGAGUUAUGGUCUGCUCAGUUACUGGCAUCUGUUGUUAGAAAGAAUGGAGUGGAUUGCAAAUGGAUGGAUACAAGGGAAGUCCUUAUUGUUAACCCUACUAGCUCUGAUCAAGUUGAUCCUGAUUUUGAGAAAUCUGAAAAGAGACUUGAGCAAUGGUAUGCAAGAAAUCCAUCAAAAACAAUUGUAGCUACUGGUUUUAUUGCCAGCACACCCGAAGACAUUCCUACUACUUUAAAGAGAGACGGAAGUGACUUUUCCGCAGCUAUCAUGGGUGCUCUAUUCAAGGCCAGUCAGGUUACAAUUUGGACAGAUGUUGAUGGUGUCUAUAGUGCAGAUCCAAGGAAAGUAAGUGAAGCAGUGAUUUUGAAGACAUUGUCUUAUCAAGAGGCCUGGGAAAUGUCUUAUUUUGGGGCAAAUGUUCUGCAUCCACGCACCAUCAUUCCAGUAAUGCGAUAUGACAUCCCAAUCAUCAUAAGGAACGUGUUCAAUCUCUCUGCACCUGGAACAAAAAUUUGUCGCUCUUCUGCUUCUGAGGGUGAAGUGGAACAAAGUUUGGAAUCCUUUGUAAGAGGGUUUGCGACAAUAGACAAUUUGGCCCUUGUAAAUGUUGAAGGAACUGGAAUGGCUGGUGUUCCUGGUACAGCCGGUGCCAUAUUUUCUGCCGUUAAAGAUGUGGGGGCUAAUGUUAUUAUGAUAUCUCAGGCUAGUAGUGAGCAUUCUGUAUGCUUUGCUGUCCCGGAGAAAGAAGUAAAAGCUGUUUCUGAGGCACUACAAUCUAGAUUCCGUGAAGCUUUGAAUGCAGGGCGUCUUUCUCAGGUUCAAGUGAUUCCAAACUGUAGUAUAUUGGCAGCAGUUGGCCAGAAAAUGGCAAGUACUCCUGGAGUUAGUGCAACUCUUUUCAACGCACUGGCAAAGGCAAAUAUUAAUGUGCGCGCUAUAGCUCAAGGUUGUUCUGAGUACAACAUUACAGUAGUAUUAAAGCGGGAGGAUUGUAUUAGGGCACUAAGAGCAGUUCACUCUAGAUUUUAUCUGUCAAGAACCACUAUAGCAAUGGGGAUUGUUGGACCAGGACUUAUUGGUGCUACACUACUUGAUCAACUGAGAGAUCAGGCUGCUGCCCUUAAGGAUAAGUUUAACAUUGACUUGCGUGUGAUGGGAAUCACUGGCUCAAGGACAAUGCUUUUGAGUGAGACGGGUGUUGACUUAUCUAGAUGGAGAGAACUUCAAAAAGAAAAAGGAGAACUGGCAGACAUGGACAAGUUUGUGCAGCAUGUACAUGGGAAUCAUUUUAUUCCAAAUACUGUUAUAGUUGACUGCACAGCUGAUUCUGUCAUUGCAAGCCAUUACUAUGACUGGUUACGGAAAGGAAUACAUGUAGUCACCCCGAACAAAAAGGCAAAUUCAGGUCCUCUUGAUCAGUAUCUGAAAUUGAGAGCUCUUCAACGGCAAUCAUAUACACAUUACUUCUAUGAAGCCACUGUUGGAGCUGGUCUCCCAAUCAUCAAUACCUUACAAGGGCUCCUAGAAACAGGAGAUAAAAUAUUACGUAUUGAAGGCAUAUUCAGUGGGACUUUGAGCUACAUCUUCAACAACUUUGUAGGAAAACGAACCUUUAGUGAGGUGGUGGCUGAGGCAAAGCAGGCAGGAUUUACUGAGCCAGACCCAAGGGAUGAUCUAUCCGGAACAGAUGUUUGUAGGAAGGUAAUAAUUCUUGCUAGGGAAUCUGGUCUCAAGCUGGAACUUUCUGACAUCCCUGUUGAAAGCCUUGUGCCAGAACCAUUAAAGGAUAGUGCAUCAGCGGAGGAAUUCAUGCAGAAACUUCCACAGUUCGAUCAUGACUUGACUAAGAAAAGACAGAUGGCUGAGGAUUCAGGAGAAGUCUUGAGAUACGUUGGGGUGGUUGAUGUCGUCAACCAGAAGGGGGCAGUGAAGCUUCAAGCAUACAAAAACGAUCACCCAUUUGCUCAAUUAUCAGGAGCGGAUAAUAUCAUCGCUUUCACAACCACAAGGUACAAAGAUCAACCACUAAUAGUCCGUGGGCCAGGAGCUGGUGCGGAAGUUACCGCUGGUGGAGUCUUCAGUGAUAUAUUACGGCUUGCGUCAUAUCUCGGUGCUCCAUCAUAGUUAACGUGUGCCCAUACAGUUCAUAGUUUCUACAGUUGGUCAAACCAAUUUUACUUCAGCUUGUAAUGUAUGCAUGCCUUAUCAUGUAGUGGAUGUUAUAAUACUGCUCACCUGUAGGUGUAUUUCCGAACAGGUUUAUGUAACUCAUUUAGUAAUUUUGAAGUAGAUUGCACCGUGGUUGACGGAA